UUUAUUCCGAUCAUCAUGAAAAGUGACGAAGUAGCAGCUUAAGUAGCCAGGCCAGCGCGCAACGUAAGCUAAUCUCGAUCCAUGAUGCAAAUCAAGCGGCUCCUGUGCAAGUCCUGCGGCCUGGGCACCCUCCUGGUGGCCGUCGUCUGGCUGCUGGCACUCCUUUUCUACUCGCACAGCCUGCGCAGCUCCAUCCGCUCGGCAGGAUGGAGGAUCGACGAGGGGAACGCGACGCCACGGGCCGAGCUGAGCUACCAGGCCAGGGUCACCGUCGGCUGCACUCCAAAUGCCAGCUUGAACUCGUCUUCCACUGGCGAAUCGCCGGCGGCAGCGAAGCCGCCCAGUGAUCCGGAGCAACUGGAGCUGUUGGGCGUGGUGCGCAACAAGCAGGACAAGUACAUACGCGACAUUGGCUACAAGCAUCACGCCUUCAACGCGCUGGUGUCCAAUAAUAUUGGGCUCUUCCGGGAGAUCCCAGACACUCGGCACAAGGUGUGCGAUCGCCAGGAGACCACGGAAGCGGAAAACCUGCCCCAGGCCUCCAUAGUCAUGUGCUUCUACAACGAGCACAAGAUGACGCUGAUGCGCUCGAUCAAGACGGUGCUGGAACGCACGCCCAGCUACCUUCUGCGCGAGAUUAUUCUGGUGGAUGAUCACAGCGAUCUGCCAGAACUGGAAUUCCAUCUGCACGGGGAUCUGCGUGCCCGGCUGAAGUACGACAACCUGCGGUACAUCAAGAACGAGCAGCGCGAGGGCCUCAUUCGAUCCCGGGUCAUUGGAGCACGCGAGGCCGUGGGCGAUGUGCUCGUCUUCCUGGACUCGCACAUCGAGGUCAAUCAGCAGUGGCUGGAGCCGCUGCUGCGCCUCAUCAAGUCGGAGAACGCCACCCUGGCCGUGCCAGUCAUCGACCUGAUCAACGCUGACACCUUUGAGUACACGCCCAGUCCACUGGUGCGCGGAGGAUUCAACUGGGGCCUGCACUUCCGCUGGGAGAACCUGCCCGAGGGCACGCUCAAGGUGCCGGAGGACUUUCGCGGACCCUUCCGUUCGCCCACCAUGGCCGGCGGACUGUUUGCCGUCAACCGGAAGUACUUCCAGCACCUGGGCGAGUACGACAUGGCCAUGGAUAUAUGGGGUGGCGAGAAUAUUGAGAUAUCCUUUAGAGCCUGGCAGUGCGGUGGCGCCAUUAAGAUCGUUCCCUGCUCCCGUGUGGGUCACAUAUUCCGCAAACGCCGUCCGUACACCUCGCCAGAUGGAGCCAACACCAUGUUGAAGAACUCGCUGCGUUUGGCGCACGUCUGGAUGGAUCAGUACAAGGAUUACUAUCUCAAGCACGAGAAGGUGCCCAAGGCCUAUGACUACGGGGACAUUAGCGAUCGCCUGAAGCUUAGGGAGCGUCUGCAGUGCAGGGAUUUCGCCUGGUAUCUAAAGAAUGUCUAUCCAGAGCUGCAUGUGCCGGGCGAGGAGUCAAAGAAGUCGGCGGCGGCGCCCAUCUUCCAGCCCUGGCACUCGCGAAAACGUAACUAUGUCGACACAUUCCAGCUGCGACUGACGGGAACGGAGCUCUGUGCCGCCGUGGUGGCUCCCAAGGUGAAGGGCUUCUGGAAGAAGGGCAGCUCCCUGCAACUGCAAACCUGCCGAAGGACCCCCAAUCAGCUGUGGUACGAAACGGAGAAGGCGGAGAUUGUGCUGGACAAGCUGCUGUGCCUGGAGGCAUCCGGGGAUGCGCAGGUCACGGUCAACAAGUGCCACGAGAUGCUCGGCGACCAGCAGUGGCGCCACACCCGCAACGCCAACAGUCCCGUCUACAACAUGGCCAAGGGCACCUGCCUGCGGGCAGCUGCUCCCACGACGGGCGCCCUCAUCAGCCUGGAUCUGUGCUCCAAGUCCAACGGAGCGGGCGGCGCCUGGGACGUGGUGCAGCUGAAGAAGCCACCGGAGGCGGAGGGCAGGGCCAAGGAGGCGAGGAACUCGGACAAGGCGCUGUGAGCGAUUUGCUCCGAUCGAAUAUUCCGAUAUUGCAAUAUUAGACUGAUAACUGUUUAGGGCAAAGUGUAUUAUGUUUAAAUAGCCAGUAUUUUUUCAUCAACCUUUUUUUUAAAUAAAUAUGAUCAAAAUGUU